AGUUCUUUCUGACAUCACUGGAGUACGAAUUCAGGAUUGGUGGAUGGAGCUGGAGUCCCGCCUAGGCGCGCUGUGUCUUGUGGGUGGAAGCUCACUGACUGGGUUUUGGUGUUUUCGCGCAAUGCUGCGAGGGGAAGACCAGAAGCUGACAACGAAACACUUCAAUUAGCUUUAGCAGAAGAGAAAUGGAGGAACCAUAGAGCAUUAAGGAUGAAUUCAGGAAGACCCGAGACCAUGGAGAACUUGCCUGCUCUCUAUACUAUUUUCCAAGGAGAGGUUGCUAUGGUCACGGACUAUGGAGCCUUUAUCAAAAUCCCAGGCUGUCGGAAGCAAGGUCUGGUCCAUCGAACUCACAUGUCAUCCUGUCGCGUGGAUAAGCCCUCUGAGAUAGUAGAUGUUGGAGACAAAGUGUGGGUGAAGCUUAUUGGCCGAGAGAUGAAAAAUGAUAGGAUAAAAGUAUCCCUCUCCAUGAAGGUUGUCAACCAAGGGACUGGAAAGGACCUUGAUCCCAACAACGUUAUCAUUGAGCAAGAAGAGAGGCGGAGGCGGUCCUUCCAGGAUUACACUGGGCAGAAGAUCACCCUCGAGGCUGUCCUGAACACCACCUGCAAGAAGUGUGGCUGUAAAGGCCACUUUGCAAAGGAUUGUUUCAUGCAACCAGGUGGGACCAAGUAUUCUCUGAUACCUGAUGAGGAAGAGGAGAAAGAAGAGGCAAAGUCAGCAGAGCUUGAAAAGCCUGACACCACGAGAAAUUCUUCUAGAAAAAGAAAGAAGGAAAAGAAGAAAAAGAAACAUAGAGACAGGAAGUCAUCUGACUCCGACAGCUCAGACUCUGAGAGUGAUACAGGCAAGAGGCCAAGACACACGUCAAAGGACAGCAAGGCAGCAAAGAAGAAAAAAAAGAAGAAGAAGCACAAGAAGAAGCACAAGGAGUGAGAACGGAGCGUAGAGGGUGGUUGAGAGAAGGAAUCUGGAGCCUGUGCUUUGAAGCCCUGGCUCCUAGAAAGACUCAGUAGUAAGAAUAUGGCCUCCCACCCUCUUCUCUCCCAUGGGAGAUGGCGUCCCCUUGUGUCACAGGCAAGUCUGGAAGUUAGGUAUCAAAAGCAUCUGCCUGAAUGAGUUGUUCCCUUAUCACUCUUGGGCCCUUUGCAAGUGACCCCUGCAGCUCUCCCAUUCAUUCACCCAACUUCAUUCAGCAGGAGGUCGUAUUACCCUCUCCAGCUGCCACUGCCAGAGCCAGAUUCCUGUACAGGAGUCCAGGCUAGAGCCACAGGAACUGCUGUGCGGGGGAGUCUGGCUGUAGUUGAACAGCGUAAUUGGCCCCUGCCUAUUGGCCUACCUACCCUGGCCUGACUGGUGGAUGGUCUCUGUGACAUCCAGCACACGGGCAGAGGGAGACUGGCAGCAUGAGGGAGAACACAGUAAGAAGUGGUGCUCACUUUCUCCAUCCCCCCAACAUGAUUCUGCUAUGUUAGAAGUGACAGCCAGUGGUCACAGCCAGAAAAACAUUGUUUGCAGUGACUUAGCUUGCUUGUGACAUUCCAGCAGACCACUGAACCAGACAGCUCAAGCCGAAAUCAUUGCUUUACUUUGUAUUUACUACAGUGUGAGUCAAUUGGUUCCAUUUCAGGUUUCUGCUUAAAUUCCUGGUACUAAAUGGAAGUGUGUCUGGUUUUAAACUUA